AAAAGAUCCAGCGCAGUACACGACAUAGAACGACGUGUCAUACGUUGUCGGCCCGUUUCGUAUUGUCAUUCCCUCAUAUAAACUUCAAGUUGUUGGCGUCGACACUGCGACUGGACGACUGGCGACCAUGGAGUUGUGGCAAGCAGCCUUUCACGGACGCGUCAAGAGUGUGCGGCGCAUGCUCAAGAACGGAGCCGACCUCGAGUGGACCACGAGCAACGGGUCGUCCGCGCUCUGUGUGGCCGCCGGGGACGGCCAUGCGGACAUCGUUUCGGCGCUAAUCGACGCCGGCGCCAACGUCAACCACGCCAUGAACGACGGGUCCUCGCCGCUGCUGAUGGCAGUGCACGCAGGCGCCGGAGAUAUCGUCGAUCUGCUUCUCGCAGGAGGCGCGGACGUCAAUCUCGCCAUGCCUGACGGAGAGACCGCCCUGUAUGCGGCGGCACAACGCGGCGAGGACGCGAUCGUGUCGGCGCUCUUGUCUGCGGGUGCCAGCGUCGAUCUCAUGUGGCUUGACGACAAUCAGACGCCGUUGUACAUUGCAGCGUACGAGGGCCACGCUAGCGUCGUCCAGCUCCUGCUCGACGCAAAAGCCAGCGUGGAUGUGCCCACAAGUGAUGGCGCGACGGCCGUGUUCGUUGCGGCCCAAAACGGCGAUGAAGACAUUGUGCGACGGCUCCUCGCUGCCACCGCCAAUGUCCACCUUGCCAUGGACACUGGGGUCACGCCGUUGUACAUUGCGGCGGUCCGAGGCCACGCCCACGUCGUCUCGAUGCUGUUGCAAGCCGGUGCCAACGUCGAGCAAGCCGCCAACGAAGGCGAGACACCGUUGCUGGCUGCCGCGCAAGAGGGCCUCAACACUGUUGUCAAGAUGCUGCUCGAGGCCCAAGCGAGCGUCGACCAGCCCAUGAAUAAUGGACGAACACCACUGUAUUCUGCUGCGCGCGGCGGUCACGCGGACGUUGUCGGGUUGCUCUUGACGGGCGGUGCGGCCGUCGAUCGCGCGACAAACGACGGCGACACGCCGCUUCUCGCGGCAUCGCGCAUGGGUCAUGUCGACGUCGUGCGCCAUCUUCUCGACGCGGGCGCCAGUGUCAACCAGGUCGUGCAGCAGCGCUACAAAUACCGCCGCCAAAAAAUAGCUCCAGGCGCGACACCGCUCUUUCUCGCGUCCUUGGGUGGUCACGCGGCGGUCGUCCGCGCGUUGCUUCGUCUUUGGCCCAACGUCAAUGCUGCCGACGCGAGCGGCGACACGGCCUUGUCGGUGGCGACGCGGGCCGGCCACACGGCCAUCGUCAGCCUCCUCCUCGAUGCCGGCGCCACCUUGAGCGGCGUUGGUGGCGACUGCGCCUCGGUCCUCGACGCUCCUGCCAAGGAGCUAUUGCAUGCGGUGGCGGCAGGCGACGCUGCCCGUACACGCCUUCUCGUGGACAACGGUGCCAGCCCCAACAUCAAGGACCAGAAUGGCGACACGCUGCUGCAUUUGGCCGUGCGCAGCGGCAAACACGAUGUUCUCGAGAUGCUGCUGCGAGCGCCCGACGUGGACCUGAACCCUCGCAACAAGGACAACGAAACACCGCUCGUGCUCGCAAUCAAGCUGCGCCACCGCCGGAUCCCGCAACAAAUCUACUCGGCAGUCCACCACAUUGCCCUGGAUGUGCCCGAGAAGGCCAUCUAUAUGGACGCCAAGGAGCUCCUUGGCGAUGGCGGCUUUGGCUACGUGCACAAAGGCAUCUUCAAAAGCGAGCGCGUCGCCGUCAAGUCGGCCAAGUACGCGACCGGGGCCGAGGACCUCCAUGCCGAGAUCCACGCCAUGCAAACGUGCAACUCGCCGUACUUGCUGGAGCUCAUGGCUGUCUCGGGUCAGGACAGUGACAGCCCAAAGCUUGUGCUCGAGUACAUGGACGGCGGUAACCUCCGCCAGUACCUCGACAAGAAGCGCAAGGGUGAACCAACGGAGGUUGACUACUCGACGCUCGACAUUGCGUGGGUCAUUGCCAAUGGUCUUGCCGACCUCCACCGCAAUGGUUAUGUGCACCGCGACCUCAAGAGCCUCAAUGUGCUUUUGAGCUCCAAGAACUACAUCAAGGUGGCCGACUUUGGCCUCACGAAGGAGUUCCAGCUCGACAUGACGACGUUUGUGGGGACGCCGGCAUGGACCGCGCCCGAGGUCUUCGAGUCAGGAGCCACGUACGACUUUGCGGCCGACAUUUACUCAUUUGGCGUCAUUUUGACGGAGCUUGAUUCGCUCCAGGUGCCGUAUACGGGCAUGAACGUCUUCUCUGUCAUCGACGGCGUUCGCAGCGGCGAGUUGCGUCCGUCUCCGGGGCCACAUUGUGCGCCGUGGCUUAGAGACCUCAUUGACGACUGUUUGUCGCAGGAUCCGGCGCGGCGUCCGAGUGCCCAAGUAAUCAUUAACCGCCUGCUUCAGCAGAACGAGGAGGCGCCAAGCGUCGCCCUGCCCGAGCCCGAGCCGAUGCCAACAUGUUUGCUCGACGCCAGCACCAGCACCAGCUCGACCUCCUCGAUGACAACAAUGUCGUCGCUGGCUUCCAUGAGCAGCCGCGUAGCGUGCCCUCUGUGCGCGACGCGGAACGCUGCCAUGGACAAGCACUGCGGCAACUGCAACGAAGCGCUUCCGGAUACGUCCACCAAGCUCGCGCUGUUGCUCAAGCGCGCCAAGGUCGCUGUUGCCAAAGGCUUCUCCAUCAACCUGUGCAUUGAUUGCGACAUUUGCGGCACGACCAACCCGAUCACAGCGGCAGUGUGCGUGGAUGCCGACUGCGGCGAUGACCUGCCCGAAGACGCCGAGAAGCUGCGCAUCCUCGCUCGUCGCUUCGACAUCGCAACGAGCUCUGCUUGAGGCUCGGUGGCGCAACGUGCAGCGCAAUCAGAAUAAGGAAUAUCAGGUCUUAUGGUCAACGGCAAGUGCAUGGCAAUGAUUGAGUAUUAUACCGGAGAUGAUCAGUUUGAUAUCGAUCGGUCUGUGCUUCCCGUCGUGGCAGC